AUGCGGCGCACAGUGCAUGCAGCAGCGGCAGCUGCCGCAGCUGCCACGCUGGACAUGGAGGCGGUGCAGCGCUCCCUUGCUGCGGCUGCGUGGAGGCAGUGCCACCUGGAGGGUCACCUGCAGGGAGUUGUCGAGGAGGAGGAAGAGGAAGAAGAAGGCGCUCAGCAGCAGCAGCAGCAGCAGCAGCGACAUCUCUGGGGAAGCACGUCACCCGCCUCGGAGCCUGUCGCGCAGCCGUCUUGCGUAGUGCGGGUAAUCUUUGGCUCCUAUUCCCACAGGGGAGUCAUGCACGAUAACGAAGACAGGAUUUGUGUGGGUAUAUGGGGACGCCUUGAAUCUUCAGCCGCGACGAGCUCUCCUUCCCCUUCUCCUCCUUCGCAGCAGCAGCAGCGGAAGGAGCAGGAGGAGGAGCAACAGGCAUCGAGCCAGUGGGGCAGUUGCAGCAGCCAAACAAAGCCUUCAGCACCGACACCCAACACUGGAGCCGACGCAGAUCGAAGCAUUCUGGAGCUUGCAGCGGGAGGCAGAGGACUGGAGUAUCAGUGGAACGGAAGGAUAUCGGCAGCCGCAGCAGGAGCAGCGGCAGCCUCAGCGACGGCUGCAGCCACGUUGAAAGCAGACGAGACUGUAUGCUGGGGAGGGCAGCACUGCCGACUGCCCCCCGUUGUUGCUGCAGGAGUUCGUGUUGCAGUUCAGGGAGGCUUUGCUGCUGAGCUGCGAGAUAUGCAAGAAGAAGCUGCAGCGGCUACGGUGGCAGAAAUGAAAACAGCAGUCGACGGACUGCCGAGGAAGCCUCCAGCCUUCGAUUCAGCGGCUAUCGAUGCUGCAAUAAAUCGCCUCGUCGAAGCUCCCCGCGCUCCCUCCUGGUCAGUCGCGGCAGGAGCAUCUGCCGAGCAGCAGCAGCAGCAGCAGCAGAGCAGGUGGGGGCAGUUCUCUUCCGUGUUGCGGAGGCGGAAGGCGAAGUUUUCAGCAGUUGAAGGCGUCGCAGUCUCUCAGUGCUGGGAGUUUCCAGAGGCAGAAGCAGCGGGAGCAGCAGCAGCAGCAGCAUCGGCCGCCGUUCCGGGUGUACGUACAGCGCAGAAGCCUCUCGCAACGGCGGAGAAAGAUGCCAGCAUGCCCUCCGUCUUGUUCGUGGUGUGCGAUGGGCACGACACGCAUGAAGCUUCCAACUUCGUAUCAAAAGGUCUCCCUCUACUUGCCUACAAGCGACUGCCUCCCCAGUUGCCGUUGUUGAGACCAGAGAAGCUGCAUGCAGCUGCCAGAACGCUGUUUGCUGAUCUGGAUGCUCUCAUGAGGCGUCGCUCGGCUGUGUUGCGCAAAAUUCAUCCGGAAGCUGCUGGCAGCGGCAGUUGUCUGAUUGCUGCUCUUCUGCAGGGGCCUCAUCUUUUUACGUUCAAUCUUGGCGAUUGCGGAGCGGCCUUUGUCUCCUUCGACUCUCGCGUUGCUGCUGCGCGAUCGCUUCGCAGCAAGGCCAAAAGCCACGCAGCCUCCGACUCGGGUGCUGCUGCGGAGUAUGCAGCCGAGGCAGCCUUGCUGGAGCGAACUUGCGCAGAAGGCAGCAGCAGUGAAGGGCAGCACACGCAGGAGCAGCAAGAGGAAGACGCUGUUACGAUUGCCGAAGGAACUGUUGGAGUAUGGGAUUAUAAGGAAGUCGCAUUCAAGCCGUUUCCAGGGGGGCAGAGCAGUCCAGGCGCUGCUGGUACGCUAUCGGAUUUGCUGUUGCAGCAGCAGCAGCAGCGUUACCGCCAACAGCAGCGCUCCGAAUCUGGCGCGUGCAGCAGCAGCAGCAGCAGCAGCAAUUUCGACAUUCUCAUCAGGCACGCCAGUGGCAGCACGAGCCCAAUGCCGCUGAGUCGCUCGGCACCUGCGCUGCGGCAGCGACAACAGAGACACAGUAACAGAAGCAGCCUCAGCAGCAACAAUCUUAAACGCGAUCAGUCCUUCUUCGGGUUGGAGAGUCUGGAUUCGCCAAUUGCAACCUCUCACUUGAUGCCCCCCCUGCCGCAACAGCACCUUCCGCAGCAAAAACGACGGCAGCAGCAGGAGCAGCAGCAGGAGCAGCAGCAAGAGCAGCAGCAGGAGCAGCAGCAAGAGCAGCAGCAACAAGUGACGCAGACUCUGGGUGGCUUGCUGAAGAGGCCAGAUCGCAGCAGCGCUGCAGAGCUGCUUCCUGGUGUGAGCAGCAGCAGCAGUAUCAGCAGCCACAGCAGCAGGAUCUCCUUUUGUCUCAUUCCGAGCAGCAACAAAUUACAGUCUUCAGACAGCGCCUGUUCGCUAGGGACGUACACGUGCAGCAGCAGCAGAAGCAGCAUCACCACUGCCCCCAACAGCAGCAGUAUCACCUUCCAGUGGCUGUCGAGACAGCUGCGCUGUGGCAGUCCAGCCGAAGAAAAACGGCUUCGAGCGCUAGGGGUUAGCAUCAUCAACAACAGGAUGGGGGGCCUUAUUGAGCCGACACGUUCGAUCGGCGACUUUGAUGUAAAGGCACGCUUGCCACCUCGUUCCUUGUCGAUUGAGCCGGAGGUCGGUGUGUAUUCGCUAGCCUCUCUGUUUGCGGCUGCGCCUUCCGCCACUGAGGACGCUGCUGGGGGGGCAGAGACUCCCGGAUCGGCGAUUUCACCGAACUGCGGCGUGUUGCUGCUCGCAACGGAUGGCGUCUGGGAUUUCGUGGACGCGUCAGAUGUCUUGAAGUGCAUGCAGCAAGUCAAGCCUUUCUGGCGAGCACUGGAGACAGCGGCCAAACGCGAGGCGGAACUGCUGCAGCAGCGGCAGCAGCAGCAGAGGCAGCGCGAACUGCUGCGGCAGCAGACAGCCCUCGGCAUGCGGGGAGUAGCCAGCGCGAGCGAUAUAACGGCGAUUCUCAGGAAUUCCUUUGGAGGCUUAAGCAGGACGAGCAGCAGCAGCAAGCUGAGCCAGCAGAGGCAGCAGCAGCAGCAGCAACCCCCACACAACUCUGCGCAGCAGGCACUUCCUUCGGGGCUCAAGAGAAUUACCUCCUGGAGGCGGCUGCUAUCUUCGCAGAACGGUGUCGGCGUGGCGGGAGGAAGCGCAACAAGAGCGCCAGCAGCACAAGCAGCUGCAGGAGACGCUGCUGCUGUGCCGUCCGGCGUCAGCUUUCAGCAAGCCGCCGUGGAUUCCAGCGCUGCAGGCAGCAGCAGCCAUUGGGAGUCGCCGAGUCGGGGGGGCAGAUCCUCUCAGGGAGGCUUUCCCCUGCUGCCUCUCGCGCUUCCCACUCCUGAACUGCUCUCCGAAGUUUGUCACCGCAUCGUUAAAAAAGCCAUAAAGAAUGGAUCGACUGACGAUUGUACCUGUCUCGCAGCGUUCCUGUACCCCGUGUCGUCCUCUGGCUCCGCCUGCGUGGCUGCUCCUUCAGGAGAUUUCCCCGUCAGAGGCGUCGCUGGCGAGUUGGAUGCGUAG